AUGCUGAGACUUAGGCUUCAGGAAAAUACAGAUAUACGACUGCGGUCAUCUGUCCUUCUUCUUGAACGAGGCGGUCCUUCUUUCUUUUCAUCACGCAGCAGUUCCAUCCUUCCGUGGAAUAAUACUGUCACCCCUUUCGAUGUCCCAAGUCUGGGAAUUUCAAUCGGCGAUUUCCCCACCCUUAAUGCGUUUUGCAACGAUACUCCCGACCUAUCGGACUGUAUUUUGGGUGGUAGCACAGCUGUAAAUAGCAUGAACUACAUAAACCCGUCGCGCGAUGACUUUGGUGCGCGAAACCCAGGAACCAUUACUCCAUCCGUAGAUGGCCGCUACUACGAUUCCGCUGUGUAUGAUGUUCUAUCGAAAGAGCUUGCUCAGGCAGGUUACAAUUCUGUCAACACUGUCACAAAUCCGAACGACGAAAAGAAAAUUUACGGGCACAGCGCCGUCAACGUUAUCGAUGGGGUUCGUGCUGGCCCCGUACUACGCACAUACUUGCCCUUGACGCAAAGCAAGCCGAACUUCAAACUUGGAUUACACACAAAAGUUAUUCGCGCGGUCCGCCAGAAUUCGACAAUCACUAGCGUUGAACGAAGGAUUAUUAACAUCAAGAAGGAGGGUAAAGUCAUUUUUGCCACGGGCGCCAUGUCCACACCUCGCCUUCUCUUCAAUUCAGGUAUUGGCCCUAUUGCUCAAAUCAACAUGGCAAAGGCAGUCAAUGUCACGCUUCCCGAUAAGAGUGCCUGGAUUAUAAGCCCUGUGGGCGUGCAGAUCCAGGAUCACGCGGCCCUUUUUGCGACAUUCAACGUAACUGGUGGGAACAUGACAGUAGUGCCUAUCAGCGAGAAUAUUGAUCUGUUUGCCAAAGGCUCAGGUGUGCUCGCAGAAACACCAUUCCGUCUCAACACAUUCAGGACCGUGACAACCAGCGAUGGUCAUAAAAUCAUGAUCCAAACGCAUUGCUUCUCGAGAACGAACAACCAUAUCAAUUUCAUCUACCAGGUUAUAUUUGGAAUCACAAUAGUAGGUAGCAUGGCCAUGGAUACCGCCGGGAAAACCAUUUAUACCAAGAGUGCCCUACUGCAGACCGCUGCAGACAAAGAAGCCCUUGCCAUUGAACUCGGCAACUGGCUUGCUAUGACUCGUACUCCAGGAUCAAGACUGGCAUACGCGGGAGGGCCAAACACCAAUGGCGCAGAGAUUAUUAAGGUGAACGGAAUUAGCACUGGAUAUCAUGUCACAAGCUCUACGAUCAUGGGUACCGACGACGGCACUAAGGGCGGAACAAGCGUCGUUGAUCCAAACUGCAAAGUGUACGGUACAAACAACUUGUUUGUGGUUGAUCUUGGGAUUCACCCCAAGGUUCCGAGCGGAAACACCAUGGUUCUCACUAUGAUUGCGGCUGAACAUGCAGUUACGAAGAUGCUUGAGCUUGAAUCUAAGAGCUGGUAG